AUGAAGACUCAAAUUACCAUCCUGGCCUUAGCUGCAAUGGCAACUGGAACAAUAGCAAAAGAAUACACCCAAGGAGGCUGCCGUGAGGUCAUCUUCAUAUUCGCCCGGGGUUCCACGGAAGUCGGAAACAUGGGCUCGACCGUUGGACCCCCGACUUCAGAUGGUCUAAAGAAAAAGUACGGCGACAACAAGGUGGCAACAGAAGGGGUUGAUUACGCCGCUGGUCUGACGACUAAUUUCCUCCCCGGAGGAGCUGACCCCGUCGGUGUCGAUGAAAUGAAGCGGCUUCUGACCGAUGCUACUAAUAAGUGUGGCAAGUCCAAAAUCGUGGCUGGAGGGUACAGCCAAGGAGCUGCCACCGCUCAUCGCGCGAUCGAGAACCUCCCCGAUCCAAUCAAGAGCAGAAUUCUAGGAGUCAUCACCUAUGGCGAUACCCAAAACCAGCAGGAUAAAGGGCAGAUUCCCAAUUUCCCCGAAGACAAAUUCAAACUCAUUUGCAAUGAAGGCGACAAGGUGUGCGCUGGCACCCUCGAGAUCACGCCUGCUUAUCUUGACUACGAGCGUCAUGUUUCCGAGGCAGUUGAGUAUUUGACUGGAAAGAUUGGCAACCUCUGA